GCUGAAGCUUCAGCAGGAGCACAUGGCGCUCAGCUCAUAUGCGUCCAAUCAACGUGAGUCUGUAUCACGUGGGGAGGCCACCAUUCAAAUCUCAAAUAUAUACUGAUCUCGCUGGAGAGAGGAAAGGAAAACCCCUUUAAUUGUUACCUGGUUAUAAAAUACGAUCAGUUGCUGCAGAUCAUCAGUGGUUGUGGCCCAACGAACAGCGUGCUUCAAUUGUCGGCCCAUGUCAAGUGAAACAAACCCUGCCUGGUUUGUGAAGAUGGACAGGGCAGAGACAAGCAAUCCGUUCUUGGCUAAUGAUUCCCACCUGACAGCCACGCAUUCUGCCAAUGCCAGCCUUGCUGCUUGCGGCUCGACCAAAGCGGCUGUGAGUCACCUCCCAACCACGGGCACUUCAUCCAUCACCGGACUGCCGGACCAGGCAUCCCCUGGGCAAGACACCACCGUCCGGUCCUGCUCUUCCUCGGCGGCGGUGAGUGGCCUGCCCUGCUCGCUGGGCCUGGGCUGCACUCAGUCCAAAGUCCGCGUCAAGGUCACCGGUACCAAAGGGUGCCCCGUUCCUUCGGUCAAGCUGCCUGAGUACCCCUGGGUGAGUGCUACACCUCCCGUAACCCAAGGCCACAACAAAGUUCAGGGGAAAGGAGGAGCAUCAAAGGCCGCACCGUCUCGGCGUGUCCGCACCGCCUUCACCAACACUCAGCUGCUGGAACUUGAGAAGGAGUUCCGCUACAACAAAUACAUCAACAGACCGCGUCGAAUCGAGAUCGCAUGCCUGCUUGAGCUGACAGAGCGACAGGUGAAAGUUUGGUUUCAGAACCGUCGAAUGAAAGAGAAACGUCUUGCAUUGAAGAAUGCAAGCAAAGCUAAAUGUUACCAAGGCAACCAUCGUGGUCAACACCACUUUGGGACUGGUGCGUCUCCAUUUGUUGACAGGGGUGAUCAGCCGUCAAACCCAUACAACAAUGAGGAACAAAUCCAAAAUGAUCCAAACUACCGAAAUCUGGCCACUGUCAGAGCAGUACCCACCGCCGCAGCCCCCGUCUCCCGUCAACCUCCUACCAACGCUGCGGACAUCUUGGAGCAGCAAUCCACGGCUACUUUGAGCGCCCAAAACCAGAGUUCAGCCAGUUUGACAUCCAGCUUAGGCGGCCUACGCCCAACUGUGGCCGGCGGAGUCGACUCGUACCAUCAUCGCUACGAGCAUCACCGCUACACUUACCCAACUGAGGAGAGAAUGGACGGCUCUAUCCGCGGUAAUACCAAGACGGCAUGGUGCCCCCUUCCCGGAGGAUCCUCGUCAGGCGCCGCUGUGAAUGAUGGUUACCGUUUGACGUAUGGAGCCGAGGUUGGAGAGUUCAUGCAGGCUCAGUACACUCUUUGUCCAGUGAAAGAGUCAGGUUUAUGUAGCGGGCAGCAAUAUACCAAUAUCAAUUCAAAUAUAAUGUACCCGCCGCAUUUCUAAGUAUACACCUACUUUGUGGUCAAAGGUUGCAUUCAGCAUAGAUUUAUGUUUUUUUGUAUCAGUAAAGAUAACACACGAAAAACAAACUGUCAAAAUAUGCCGAGAGAUCAUGCAGAUAUCAAAUUCCGGUAUUGGUUGUUGCCUACAAUUAAAUUACAAAAUACAAAUAAACAGCUGUAAAGAUAAACCAGCACAGAGUGCGACCGAUACCACUCUUAAGUUGACUGAAUAUUGAUUUCAUUGUUUCACUUAUUAUGUGAACGUAUUGUACAGAUAGAAUAGUGUCAACAAAAUACGGAGUGUAAAGGGCCCAUGCAAUGUAAUUGUUUUGAUGCAAUCCUUGAAAAUGCACCUUU